AUGAGAUCAAGCAUUGCAACUGCUGCUGCAGAUGAGAGGAACAAAAGGGUCAAGGCAGCUUUGGAUAUUGUAACUGAACGACACAGCACCUUCACUGAUAUUGGAAAUAGCUCCUCCCACGUAGGCCACAUUGUCAAAGACCUGUGUAACUUUGAAGAAAAGUCUCGGGAAGUAUUAGAGAAAGCUGAAGCCUUGGCAGUCCAAGGGGAUCACCUCAUAGAGGACAAUCACUAUGCUGUGGAUUCAAUUCUUCCCAAAUGCAUCGAGCUGCGAGCUGUCUGUGGCAACCUAGCGAAUGGCCUAAAAACCAAAAAGGAACUGCUUAACCAGUCAAUGGAGUUGCACAAGAGGCUGGAUCAGGCUAUGCAGUGGUGUGAUUCUGGGAUUUAUUUGCUAGCCUCUCAAUCUGUUGACAAAUGUCAGUCUCAGGAUGGGGCAGAGGCAGCCCUGCGGGAAAUUGAGAAAUAUCUGGACACCGCAUCAGGCCAGAAACUGGACGAUCUUAGUAACAUCACUAACGAAUAUAAAACUAUAGUCGGAGGUGAACUCAUGGAUCGUGUUCUAAAAACCUUUCAGAAGCAAGAGGAGAUGGAGGAGAUGUUUGAAAAGCGAAGCAUAAGUCUUAAGAAGCUGGCUGCAAAACAAACCCGUCCAGUGCAACCAGUUGCUCCUCGACCUGAAGGAGUUCCAAGAUCACCUAUCCCCUUCCCCAGCAAAGAUAUCAGAAAAGGACAUGAUCCCAACUUCAGCCACAAAGCAAAUGUGACUCAAAUUAAUCUGUUAAAAAGAAACAAAAGUCUUUCAAAGAUUGAGAUGAAUGAGCAUGGUGAGGGAAGGAAAUGUUCCACUUCCGACGAUGAGGAAAACCUUGCAGUGUUAAGAAGGAUAUUCCUGAGGGAAUUGGAAAAUUACGUAGACUGCCCGGAGUUGGUGGGACGGUGUUUCCUGGAACGGAUGGAAGACCUUCAGAUUUAUGAGUGGUACUGUCGGAAUAAACCCCGCUCAGAAAGCUUGUGGAGGCAGUGCUCAGAUUGCAUUUUCUUUCAGGAAUGUCAGAAAAAAUUAGAACACAAGCUGGGUUUGGAUUCAUAUUUGUUGAAACCUGUGCAGCGGAUAACCAAGUACCAGUUACUGCUAAAGGAGUUGUUGAAGUAUAGCAAAAACUCUGAUGGAGCCAAGGAUCUGCAGGAAGCACUGGCAGCUAUUUUGGGAAUUCUGAAAGCCGUGAAUGACUCUAUGCACCAGAUCGCCAUCACAGGAUAUGAGGGGAAUUUAAAUGAACUCGGUAAGCUUUUAAUGCAAGGUUCAUUCAACAUCUGGAUAGACCAUAAGAAGGGGCACGCAAAAGUCAAAGAUCUAGCACGAUUCAAACCAAUGCAGAGACACCUGUUCCUCCAUGAGAAAGCAUUGCUUUUUUGCAAGAGAAGAGAAGAAAGUGGUGAAGGGUAUGAGAAAGCCCCCUCCUACAGUUAUAAGCAAUCUUUGCAUAUGAGCACUGUUGGUAUCACUGAAAAUAUUAAGGGAGAUAAUAAGAAAUUUGAAAUUUGGUACAAUGCAAGGGAAGAGGUUUACAUUGUACAGGCAGCAACACCUGAAGUAAAAAAUAUGUGGGUAAACGAAAUACGGAAAGUCUUAACAAGUCAACUGGAAGCUCGUAGAGUUUCCAAUCAGCAACAGAAGUUAGAACAUACACCUGUGGCUCCUUUAGCUGUACCUGUUAAUACCAGUCCCUUGAGGAGCACACAGAAGGUGAAAAGAGCGGAGAUUGUGAGCCCAGAAAAUCACAGCAUUUCGGUGACCUCACCAAAGAGGCAAGAAAAAGUGAAAGGUUGGACCAAAGUGUCUCAGUCCCUUGACAUUUCAGAAGAAAACAAUGAUGGAUGGUCCAGUGCUGAUGACCAGCUCAAUUCAUCCGAUUGUGAAGAGGAAACUAGUAGAAAGUUGCUCCCUGGAAAGUACACAGUAAUAGCGGACUAUGGGAAGUCAGGCGGAGAGGAAUUAACUGCAAACACCGGUGAUCUCUUACAGCUGAUCCGUGAGGGCCAGGAUGGGCGAUGGCUUGUCAGAAAUCUUAACACAAAUAAAGAGGGUUGGGUCCCAGCUACAAACCUGCAGACACUGAUGGGGGAUUCCAGCUCUUCACAAUCAAUAAGUAGCUCAGAGUCUGCCAGUGCUUCAAGUACCCUGAGCUCCUCGUCAAGUUGUGCCGAACAUUGCACUGCCAGUAGCACCAGCAUUGUGGAUACUAAGGGCUAACAAUUCUAUUUUGAUGCAUAAAAUUGGUGAUGUCAUUCGUGGAAAUUCUCCCUCUUCCUGAACUAACCAGCCUUGAAGUAGAAGGUCCAAGGUUUUGUAUCUUCAUCCUGCCUCAUCUUCAUUCUCAGCUGGGCUUUAACUUCUAAAUUAAAUGUUCCUUGGAUUAGCGUUACGUUUGGUGUCUGCUAAACUGUUACUGAGACCUUCAGAAAGAGGACCACAAGGCUCAUGAAUUUGUUAUUUACAACCUCUUCAUUCCUGUUGAAGGCUGCACGCUUUGUGAGUUUAAUCAUGGUGCCAAGAGCGUUUUUUGAUGGAUAAUUAAUGGAAUAAUUAAGAAAUGGGCCCAUGCCAAAGUCUUACAGGUUGGAGUGGAAUAUUACAACAGUACAAUUUCAUAACGAGGACAAUUUUAAACAAGAUGACGCCAUUUUGCGGGUGGGGUGGUUUGGGUGGGGAACUAUUGAUAUGAUGCAUUGAAGAAACAGCAGCGAUAACAGCACAAAAGUAACACUGUGAAGGUACUUUAUCAAGAGCUUCAGAUAAGCACAUUUCAGAGCAACUGGCAGGGAUAUUAAGUUGCACUUUAUGAAGACAUAACUCAGCAUCUGGCUGUGCUUUUCAAAUGCCCUGUAAUGCAUGUGGUCAUCACAUGUGUUUUGUUUUUGGACCUAAUGCACAAUCAACAGCUUAGUAGUAAAACUCUUUCUUGGUUGCCACUGAGAGAGAAUCUGGUCUUUAAGCCCCAGAAUAAUAAUUUUACUGGUGAAUAUAGCACUUGCAGGUAAAUAUCUUCUGAGUAUUUACACAAUCAUUUGAUAGUUUCAUUGCUAGUGGUUGAUUUACCAAAUCUGUUAGAACAUUUCUGAGAGUGUCUAGCUGCUCUGGAAUUCACUGUGACUCUAUUCCAUUAGCUACCAAUGUGCUGCGUUGUGGGUCUGGGGUAAAAUGUUGCAAAUGUCAAUGAUUAAACAAAAUAUUUGACCAAUUGUAUAAAUGGCCUUGAGUAAGGGGUAUAUAUUUUUACAGGCGCAGCAUUCUUUACAGUACCCAUGAGCUUUGGCUAUAACCCUUUGACUAUACUCUGACGUGCAAAUGAUGUGCUUGUGAGCUGUUGUAAUGUUUUCCAAAAGCUCCGUAUUGUUUGGAUAUCAGUAGCACAGAAAAAAAGAUUUUUCUGCUUUCCCUCACCCAUUGAGUGUACUGCUUGGUGGCCACUUCACCAUCAAUCUCAGUUGAGUGUUGAUAUUUCCCAUGGUGGCUGAUGUCACAACUGCCUCUACUGUCUUGUUAGAUUUUGCUGGGAUAUUUUAAUGCAACUUUUGACCGAAUCAAAGUGUUACUCCUCGCACGUCAUAGUACACUUUAGAUAAUGUGAUGCACUACAGCACACUUCAUGGCACUUUAUGCAACCCUUUGUGCUCAUUUUUAUUGGUGGUGUCCAUGAUCCUUAGAACCUGUCCUAUAUGUCGUCUUCUGUAUUGUGUGAAUGGAAGCAUGAAUACAAUAAAGGGAGCUAUGGUAAUGGA